GAUGGAUCUCCCUGCCGAAACUCGGUGCCAUCCGGGACAGUUGGAGUCCCCGGUCAAACACCAUGUUGCCCUCCUUGCUCCCUUUCCUCACGGAAUUUAAUCUAGGGUGUUUAGUGACCAAAAUAAACCUCUUAAGGCCCCCAAACACUGUUGAAGACUGACAGCUUAAGCUGACAGUCGCCUCUAGAGAGACUUCUCCUGUAAUGGCGCCUGCGUCAGUCACUAACAUGGCGGACAUAGUCGUGCGCGGCGCAAACGUCAGCAGCUCUACCCCAGACGCUCAGAAACAGCGGAGGAGAGCGGGGCCGUGCUCACUGAUUGGUUCAGAGGCGGAGCGUGCCGGACUGGGCGCUCCCACAGGAGCCAAUCAGGACGGCUAGAGACGGAAUUGGCCGCUGCGCCUCCUCCCGAGGCAUGCUGGGAGACUGGAGGACUAGUGAGGAGGAGUUGAGAGAACGGAGCGGACGCCAUGGCGACCAACAUCGAGCAGAUUUUUAGGUCUUUCGUGGUCAGUAAAUUCCGGGAAAUUCAACAGGAGCUUUCAAGUGGAAGGAGUGAAGGCCAGCUCAAUGGUGAAACAAAUACACCUAUUGAAGGAAACCAGGCAGGUGAUGCAGCUGCUUCUGCCAGGAGCCUACCAAAUGAAGAAAUAGUUCAGAAGAUAGAGGAAGUACUUUCUGGGGUCUUAGAUACGGAACUACGAUAUAAGCCAGACUUGAAGGAGGCUUCCAGAAAAAGUAGAUGUGUGUCUGUACAAACAGAUCCUACUGAUGAAAUACCUACCAAAAAGUCGAAGAAACAUAAAAAGCACAAAAAUAAAAAGAAGAAAAAGAAGAAAGAAAAGGAAAAAAAGUAUAAAAGGCAGCCAGAAGAAUCUGAAUCAAAGCCGAAAUCACAUCAUGAUGGGAACGUAGAUUUAGAAUCAGAUUCCUUUUUGAAGUUUGAUUCUGAACCUUCAGAAAUGGCACUGGAGCAUCCUGUAAGAGCGUUCGGCCUAUCUGACACCAGUGAGUCUCCUGCACUUGUGCUAGAACCUCCUGUAGUAUCUAUGGAGGUAUUAGAGCCACACACCUUAGAAAUUCUGAAGCCAGCUACAAAAACUGCAGAACUGUCAGUUGCAUCUACAUCAGUAGUUUCAGUGCAGUCAGAGCAGUCUGUAGCAGUAAUGCUGGAACCAUCCACGACAAAGAUUCUGGAUUCCUUUGCAACAGCACCAGUGCCUACUACAACAGUAGUGCUAAAGUCAUCUGAGCCGGUUGUGACAAUGUCAGUGGAGUGUCAGGUGAAGCCUGGGCUGAAAUCUUUGGAGAGCACACCUCCAGAGCCAUCAAAGAUCAUGUUGUUAGAGCCUCCAGUAGCAAAAGUGCUAGAGCCAUCAGAAACCCUUGUGUCAUCAGAGACACCUACUCAGGUGCACCCUGAGCCAAGCACAUCAACAACAAUGGAUUUUCCAGAGUCAUCGGCAACUGAAGUGCUAAGAUUGCCAGAGCAGCCUGUAGAAGUACCAUCGGAGAUUGCAGAUUCAUCCAUGACAAGACCGCAGGAGAUGCUGGAGCUGCCCAAGACCACAGCGUUGGAGCUGCAGGAGUCGUCGGUGGCCUCAGCGAUGGAGUUGCCGGGGCCACCUGCGACCUCCAUGCUGGAGUUGCAGGGGCCCCCUGUGACUCCAGUGCUGGAGUUACCUGGGCCCUCUGCUACCCCGGUGCCAGAGUUGCCAGGGCCCCUUUCUACCCCAGUGCCUGAGUUGCUAGGGCCCCCUGCGACAGCAGUGCCUGAGUUGCCGGGGCCCUCUGUGACGUCAGUGCCACAGUUGUCGCAGGAAUUGCCAGGGCUUCCAGCACCAUCCAUGGGGUUGGAGCCACCACAGGAGGUACCAGAGCCACCUGUGAUGGCACAGGAGUUGCCAGGGCUGCCUGUGGUGACAGCAGCAGUAGAGCUGCCAGGGCAGCCUGUGGUUACAGUAGCAAUGGAGUUGACCGAACAACCUGUGACGACGACAGAGUUGGAGCAGCCUGUGGGGAUGACAACGGUGGAACAUCCUGGGCAGCCUGAGGUGACGACGGCAACAGGGUUGCUGGGGCAGCCUGAGGCAGCAAUGGUGCUGGAGUUGCCAGGACAGCCAGUGGCAACGACAGCGCUGGAGUUGCCAGGGCAGUCUUCGGUGACUGGGGUGCCAGAGUUGCCAGGGCUGCCUUCGGCAACUAGGGCACUGGAGUUGUCGGGGCAGCCUGUGGCAACUGGGGCACUGGAGUUGCCUGGGCAGCUCAUGGCAGCUGGGGCACUGGAGUUCUCGGGGCAGUCUGGGGCAGCUGGAGCACUGGAGCUUUUGGGGCAGCCUUUGGCAACAGGGGUGCUGGAGUUGCCAGGGCAGCCUGGGGCGCCAGAGUUGCCUGGGCAGCCUGUGGCAACUGUGGCGCUGGAGAUCUCUGUUCAGUCUGUGGUGACAACAACGGAGCUGUCAACGAUGACCGUGUCGCAGUCCCUGGAGGUGCCCUCGACGACAGCGCUGGAGUCGUAUAAUACGGUAGCACAGGAGCUGCCUACUACAUUAGUGGGGGAGACUUCUGUAACAGUAGGAGUGGAUCCCUUGAUGGCCCAAGAAUCCCAUAUGUUAGCUUCUAACACCAUGGAGACCCAUAUGUUAGCAUCCAACACCAUGGACUCCCAAAUGCUAGCGUCCAACACCAUGGACUCCCAGAUGCUAGCGUCCAACACCAUGGACUCCCAGAUGUUAGCCUCUAGCACCAUGGACUCCCAGAUGUUAGCAACUAGCUCCAUGGACUCCCAGAUGUUAGCAACCAGCUCCAUGGACUCCCAGAUGUUAGCAACCAGCUCCAUGGACUCCCAGAUGUUAGCAACCAGCUCCAUGGACUCCCAGAUGUUAGCAACCAGCUCCAUGGACUCCCAGAUGUUAGCAACCAGCUCCAUGGACUCCCAGAUGUUAGCAACCAGCUCCAUGGACUCCCAGAUGUUAGCAACCAGCACCAUGGACUCCCAGAUGUUAGCAACCAGCUCCAUGGACUCCCAGAUGUUAGCCACUAGCUCUAUGGAUUCCCAGAUGUUAGCAUCUGGUACUAUGGACUCUCAGAUGUUAGCUUCCGGCACCAUGGAUGCUCAGAUGUUAGCGUCUGGUACCAUGGAUGCUCAGAUGUUAGCAUCUAGUACCCAAGAUUCUGCUAUGUUGGGUUCAAAAUCUCCUGAUCCCUACAGGUUAGCUCAGGAUCCUUACAGGUUAGCUCAAGAUCCCUAUAGGUUAGGUCAUGACCCUUAUAGGCUAGGUCAUGAUGCCUACAGGUUAGGGCAAGACCCCUAUAGAUUAGGCCAUGAUCCCUACAGACUAACUCCUGAUCCCUAUAGGAUGUCACCUAGACCCUAUAGGAUAGCACCCAGGUCCUAUAGAAUAGCUCCCAGGCCAUAUAGGUUAGCACCUAGACCCCUGAUGUUAGCAUCUAGACGUUCUAUGAUGAUGUCCUAUGCUGCAGAACGUUCCAUGAUGUCAUCCUACGAACGCUCUAUGAUGUCUUAUGAGCGGUCUAUGAUGUCCCCUAUGGCUGAACGCUCUAUGAUGUCAGCCUAUGAGCGCUCUAUGAUGUCAGCUUAUGAGCGCUCUAUGAUGUCCCCUAUGGCUGAGCGCUCUAUGAUGUCAGCUUAUGAACGCUCUAUGAUGUCAGCUUAUGAGCGCUCCAUGAUGUCCCCGAUGGCUGACCGAUCUAUGAUGUCCAUGGGUGCUGACCGGUCUAUGAUGUCUUCAUACUCUGCUGCUGACCGGUCUAUGAUGUCAUCGUACUCUGCAGCUGAUCGAUCUAUGAUGUCAUCUUAUACUGCUGAUCGUUCAAUGAUGUCUAUGGCAGCUGAUUCUUACACCGAUUCUUACACUGAUACAUAUACGGAGGCAUAUAUGGUGCCACCUUUGCCUCCUGAAGAGCCUCCAACAAUGCCACCAUUGCCACCUGAAGAGCCACCAAUGACACCGCCAUUGCCUCCUGAGGAACCACCAGAGGGUCCAGCAUUACCCACUGAGCAGUCAGCAUUAACAGCUGAAAAUACUUGGCCUACUGAGGUGCCAGCAUUACCUCCUGAAGAGUCUGUGUCGCUGCCUGAACCUCCUGUGAGUCAAAGUGAGAUUUCAGAGCCUUCAGCAGUGCUUGCUAAUUAUUCAGCGUCAGCAUCAGAGCCUUCAAUGUUAGCAUCAGAGGCUUCCAUGACUGUUCCAGAACCACCACUGGAGCCAGAAUCUUUGGUCACAUCAACACCUGUAGAGUCUGCUGCUGUAGCAGAAGAGCAUGAAAUUAUUCCAGAAAGACCAGUGACUUAUAUGGUGUCGGAAACUCCCACAACAUCAGGUGAACCGACUGUGUUAACAUCAGAGCCUUCUGUUAUGUCAGAGGCAGCAGAAACUUUUGAUUCCAUGAGGGCUUCAGGACAUGUUGCCUCAGAGGUAUCUAUGUCCCUGCUGGAGGCAGCAGUACCUAUUCCAGAGCCAUCCCAGAGCACUGUAGAUCUGCCAGCCAUGGCUGUCUCAGAGCUACCAGCUGUGGCUGUCCCAGAGCAACCAGCUGUGGCUGUCCCAGAGCAACCAGCUGGAACUGUCUCAGAGCCACCAGACAUGGCUGUUCCAGAGCCACAGGCUGAGGCUGUGCCAGACCCAGCGGCUGUGGCUGUCCAGGACCCACCGGCCGAGGCUGUCCCAGAGCCCCUGGCCUUGUCUGAGCCAGAGCAUAUUACCGUUCCUGUGCCAGUUGUUUCUGCCCUGGAGCCUACUGUGCCUGUCCUGGAACCAGCGGUGUCAGUCUUUCAACCUAACGUGAUUGUUUCAGAACCAUCUAUUUGUGUCCAAGAAUCUACUGUGACAAUUUCAGAGCCUCCUGUCACUCUCUCAGAGCAGACUCAAGUAAUACCCACUGAGAUGGUUUUAGAGUCUACACCAAUGAUACUGGAGUCUAACGUUAUAAAAGGAAUGAAUUUACUGUCUGGCGAUCAAAAUCUUGCUCCAGAGAUUAGCAUGCAGGAGAUUCCCAUGCAUUCAGACGAAGAGCCACAUGCUGAAGGAUACCUGAAGAAUGAUUCUUAUGAAACUGAAAGUGGUAUGAAUAUAGACUGUAAUAUAAAUAAUCACUUAAUUGCUAAAGAGAUGGAACAUAACACAGUGUCUGCUGCCAGCACUGGUGCUGUUGGUGAAACUGGUGAAGAGAAGAUUUUGCCCACCAAUGAGACUAAACAAUGCACAGUAUUGGAUACCUGUCCUACUGUUAGUGAAACUGAUGUAGGAGGGACUCUGUCUUCUACUGGUUCCCUUGCUCUUGAACCUGAUGCACUGGGAACUGGUAAGGGUCUUGAAUUUGCCACAGCAUCUGCUUUCAGUUCAAUUAGUAAAUAUGAUGUUGAAGUAUCGUUAACUACUCAAGAUACUGAACAUGACAUGGUAAUUUCCACCAGCCCCAGUGGUGGUAGUGAAGCUGACAUAGAGGGACCUUUACCUGCUAAAGACAUUCAUCCUGAUAUACCAGCAAAUAAUAACUUUGUCAGUAAGGAUGCAGAAGGAUCAUUACCUAUACAGGAGAGUGACCAGACAUUAGCAGUGGCUCUCAGUCCUAAAGAAAGUAGUGGAGAAGAUAAAGAAGUACCUCUCCCUACUAAAGAGAUACUGUCUGAUUCAGGAUUUUCUGCCAACAUUGAUGAUAUUAAUGAAGCUGAUUUAGUGAGACCAUUACUUCCUAAGGACAUGGAACGUCUUACAAGCCUUAGAGCUGGUAUUGAAGGACCUUUACUUGCAAGUGAAGUUGAACGGGAUAAAUCUGCUGCCAGUCCAGUUGUAAUUAGUAUACCAGAAAGAGCUUCAGAGUCGUCUUCAGAGGAAAAAGAUGAUUAUGAAAUUUUUGUAAAAGUUAAGGACACACAUGAAAAAAGCAAGAAAAAUAAGAACCGUGACAAAGGUGAGAAAGAGAAGAAAAGGGACUCUUCGUUAAGAUCUCGAAGUAAGCGUUCCAAGUCUUCUGAACACAAAUCGCGAAAGCGCACCAGUGAAUCUCGUUCUAGGGCAAGGAAGAGAUCAUCGAAGUCCAAGUCUCAUCGCUCUCAAACACGUUCACGGUCACGAUCAAGACGCAGAAGGAGGAGCAGCAGGUCAAGAUCAAAGUCUAGAGGAAGGCGAUCUGUAUCAAAAGAGAAGCGCAAAAGAUCGCCAAAGCACAGAUCCAAGUCCAGGGAAAGAAAAAGAAAAAGAUCAAGCUCCAGGGAUAACCGGAAAACAGGUAGAGCUCGGAGUCGCACCCCAAGCCGUCGGAGCCGGAGUCACACUCCGAGUCGUCGAAGAAGAUCUAGAUCUGGGGGAAGAAGGAGCUUCAGCAUCUCCCCGAGCCGACGGAGCCGCACCCCGAGCCGAAGGAGUCGCACCCCGAGCCGAAGGAGUCGCACCCCGAGCCGACGGAGCCGCACCCCGAGCCGACGGAGCCGCACCCCGAGCCGACGGAGCCGCACCCCGAGCCGUCGGAGAAGAUCAAGAUCUGUGGUAAGAAGACGAAGCUUCAGUAUAUCACCAGUCAGAUUAAGGCGAUCACGAACACCCUUGAGAAGAAGGUUUAGCAGGUCUCCCAUCCGCCGUAAACGAUCCAGGUCUUCUGAAAGAGGCAGAUCACCUAAACGUCUGACGGAUCUGAAUAAGGCUCAGUUACUUGAAAUAGCCAAAGCUAAUGCAGCUGCCAUGUGUGCUAAGGCUGGUGUUCCUUUACCGCCAAACCUAAAGCCUGCACCUCCACCUUCAAUAGAAGAGAAAGUUGCUAAAAAAUCAGGAGGAGCUACUAUAGAAGAACUAACUGAGUUUUAGAAGCCAAACUGACUGAGGAGUGGGACGGUUCGUUUGAAUGGAGGAGGUGUUGAGUGAGCAACACGCAGAAGCUCGCCUACAGUUUCGUUUCCAUUCACGACGUGUUCACUGAUCGCCACGAGUGUACUGCAUAUACGCAAAGACACAGACAAUCUUCAGAAAUGAUCUUUUGCCACCGGAGCUUGGAAAUUAAUGAGAAUAGCUGGCCAUUGCCUGAAAGGAACUUCUUUCGCAUCAACAUUUCGGGUUUUGGCUGUUUGGUACCAGCCAUUGGUGAUAAUGGCCGGCCAUUAUCAGUUCUUCCUGCGGUUCGGGUUUUGGCAGUAACAUAUAUAUUUUAAACACACUUAUUUUUGUUUUUAAGAAUUUGAUCUUUUAAAUUGAGGCUUUUUUUUUUUGUCUUUUGGCUUUAUUUUAUUAAAAAAUUUUUUUUUUGGAGGACGCUGAAAUAUUGCUGCUAGGAUCCAGAAAUACCACAUUGUUUCAGAUAUUGAAACUUGUUAUUGGCUAGCCUUAUGCCAGCCUGCCACUGUCAAUAUAUUCUGUUCCCCUUGGUUACAAGCUUGGUAUAUUCUGUGUUUUUGGCUAUAUGAGCUUUUUAUCCUAUUAAAAUAUUUUCAAUUGAUAAGGGAUAUGACAGAUUCUACUGCUAGUAUAGAGACAUGUCCACCCAAAUUUACUCUGACCUUUUUAUAAAGCCAGGUAAUGGAGUCGGUUCCUUUGCUUCUCAAGGCGGAAUUGACUUUGCUUUAUGUGUCAGACCUCAUCAAUUGCACCCUCCCCAUCAUGCCUUAUAUUCCAUUCUUGAGUUCUGUUCCUUUAGAGACUCAACCUACAAAACAUUUAAGGAAAGACAUGCUAUCAUCUAACCCAGUUGCAAGUGUUUGAGAUUUUAUUUAGCCAUACAUUUGGGGAUCAUAUAGUUUCUUAAUCUGUUUCCUUACUUAGAUUUAUUACAAUUUUUUUUUUAAGUUUAAGGACCUAGUGAAGGCUUCUGUUGCUUGCUUAUCAAAUCCAAGCUCCUUAUCCAAAACCUUGUGAACACUUAGUGUUUCCCUAUAUAUUUUAGCCUCAUCUUCAGCCCUCUGUCCCUUCUAAUAAGUUUUUUCUCACCUCUUUACCACUACCUGACUAGGGUGACUUUCUUUUCCUUUCCCUGCUAAUCCUUGUUCGUAACUAUGAAAAUCUGGCUUAGAACUCUGCGAGGAAUAUUCCUUGAUUAUCAGAUUCUGCCUGAUUCUGUUCUCUUAAGCUUUUGUUCUUUGAGCACUUAUGUACUCAGUUUGUAUUAUAUCAGUUUGCACUUGUUAAUUGUGUUGCUCUGUAAAAGCGUUCCUCAAUUAUCUCAUGUGUAUGUAUUCCGUCUAUUGAACUAGAUUGUAAGCUCCUUGAGAGCAGGGACCAUGUCUUUUACUUUAUUUUUUUUGUAUUCCCUGGACAGUGCCCAGUACAGUGCUCUGCACAUAGUAGGUGCUCAAUAAAUGUUGUUAACUGAC